GGGUUCAUACAUAAACCACUUGGACACUUAAGGGAGAGAAAUUCCUAGCGAUUGUCCACAAUUCAUCCGAUAACACCAAUCUACGUGUUCACUGCCACGAUGAACAACGACGACAACGACAGCAAGCCUCCAGAAAAGAAACGGCCAAAGAACCGCUUCCAGUGCGACAUCUGCUCGAAAGUCUUCCGUGGCAACGUCGAGCUCAGCCGCCACAAGGACAUUCACCUGGACCCUCGGAAUCGGCCCACCUUUCGGUGCGAAUUCUGCCCGGCCUCAUACAAAACCCCCGCUGGUCUCAAAUACCACCUCAACAAACACUCCCAAGUCGAGCCCACCCAACUUCCAUGUCCGGACUGUGGAAAAGUUUUCCGCAGCAUCGAGGGACGCAAGAUCCACAUGACGAUAAGCCACGGCGCCGAUGGGCCGACCUUCCGGUGCCGGGAGUGUCCAAUGGUCUUUGCGCGACGCUUUCACCUCAAGCUGCACAUGGCCACGCACGGUGCCGGAAGACACGUUUGCGCGUUGUGCGGCAAGUCGUUUGCCUGGCUCAAGGACCUUCGGCAUCACGAAACUAAAUGCUCGAAGCAGAAGAAGCAGCAGCAGUCCCACGCGAACCGUGGUCAUCACUGCGAGACAUGCGGCCAAGGAUUUGAAACGGAACGGUGGCUGAAGAAGCACGUGGCGAGUCACGAACGCGGCGGAAGCGGUAAAUCCGAACCGGACGGACAGCGAAAAGUACGGCAGCGCAGAAGUAAAAACGAUGUCUUCAUUGGGUUGGACCACCUGGUGGAAGCUUUCGUCACUGUCGAUCCCGAACCGGAACCGGAACCAGCGCAAGAAGGCGACGACGAAGAUCGCAAGAACAAGCAGUGCCAGCACUGUCCGAUGAAGUACAUCAACGUGAAGGCACUGCGCAACCACGAACGGAGGAAGCACUGGGAGUUGCUGGGCGUCGAGCGGGCCCCCGAGACGCGGGGACGUCCGAAGAAGGUUAAGUUAAGGAGGCGGAAGAAGGCGGCAGGACCGCCGAAUAAGCAAAAGAGGAGAAUCGCUCCGAUCGAAUUCGUGGAUGUUGGAGAGGGGGUAGAUCAAGCGGAACAGUAAAAAGACGUUCGAGUUGCCGUAGACGGUCUCGAACUGGAAGUUUUCGACGAAGGAGAAGUUCGAAUUCGAAGUGAUAUGGAGAACUCUAUGAGCCAUUUGUAGUUAUGGUUGCUACAAAUGUGAACGAGAUAAGCUUAAAGACUAGUGAGCGAUCAGAUUUUUUUGACUUUUUUCAUUCCUCUUGUACCUUUGAUUUAAAAUAAAGUAUGACUCUAUAACAGAACCCAAUGUUUAUUAAAUUGUCUAUCAGGGGUGCCCAACCUUUUGGCCCUACGGGCCAGAUCUGAUUUUUCUGAAGCAGUGGCGGGCCGAAAUUAACAUUUGAUAAAAGUUGAAAAAGUAAACACAUUUUUUCAAUUUUCUUAUGAUUGGGUUCUUUUAAAGCAAAUACAUAAAAGAACUAGUGUUGCAAAUAUGAUUCAUAUACCUUGAUUUUAAAAAUGAAAACAAAGAUAACAUUCAAAAAUGUGUUUAAUUGACUUAUUUUAAUUUUUGCUUGUUUAAAAUUGUAUAGAUAUUGUUUUUGACGAUUGCAAUUAAAUACCUCGAUAUAUUUUUUU